GACAUCUGCGAUGCGGUUCCACCCGGCUGAUUACGCAGUUUUCUGCCUUCUUACGGCAUUCAGCUUCGCACUCGGCCUCUACUACUCCGUAAGAAGGACAGACCGGAAGCGCUCUGCUUUCGCUCACUCCGCAGCACAGCACGAGGAAGUCUUCCUUGGCGGCCGCAGCCUCCCAGCGUGGUCCCUGUCCAUAUCCUUGCUGGCGUCGGUGGCGACGGGUGUUGGCGUGGUCAGCCUGUCGGCCCAUCAGUAUGCAUAUGGCCUGCACUUCGCCUGGAACAUCGUCUCCCUUGCGUUUACCACACCCUUCAUCGUCUACGUCUUCCUGCCAGUCCUUUACCGGCUCAGGGUUACGUCGGUAUUCCAGUACCUGAGGAUGCGUUUCGGAAAUGCAGUGGGAAUCUCGGCCUGUGUCAUCUACUUCUUCUUCAGUGGUGGUCUUCGGGGUGUCGUAUGGGCCGACUGCGUCCAGGGAAUCGUGCUCUUCGCAGCGCCAUUCGUUAUCAUUGCAAAGAUAUGUUACGAUUCGGCGAACUUAGAUAAACCUCUGAGGCCUCUGAGUGACUUCGACACCAAGGACCGUCUCCUUAAGUGA